AUGAUAAAGAUUAUUAACAUUGCCUUUUAUUUAAUUUUUUUAAAUUCAUAUAUUUGUGAAAACAACGUAAGUUUGAUAAAUAAAGCUGAAAGCACACAAUUUGUAGAUUUGCAAAAACCUAAUUUAAGACAUGGAGGUUUAAGUAAUAGUUAUACUAUAAGAGAGAAAUAUAAUAAUUUAGGAAGAACAGAUGAAAAAUUACAAAACAUCCAAGGGUUUUAUAACACCAAUGGCAUUCAAACAAUUCAAGGUCAAGAUGAUUCUAUACAAGCCGAUGAAGAUCCAAAUGCUCCAAAAGAAGAAAGAAAAGAAAACUCAGUAGACGGAACUUUGCAAGUACAGUUAGGUGAAGGAGAUAGUAGUGGAACAGGGGAUCAUCCAAAUGAUCACAAAGAAGAAACAAAAAGAGAUAGUGCACUAAAUGAAUCUGAAGAGAGCAGAUCAGUUGUAAGGAAUCCUCCUUCUCAAAAUUCAGAACAUGUAACAACAGUAGAUCAAGACAAAACAAGUUCUUCAAAUGAAGGAUUAACAUCAAUUAUAAAAAGUCAAGAAGGUAGUGAAACACAAAAUCAAUUAGAAACAAUUCCAGAUCAUCAAGAAAAACAAGAACCACUUACUUCUGGUGGUUUAGAAAAAACAACAAUUACUAGUGGAGUACCAGUUGACAAUAAAGGUGGUUCAGAUUUACAAAAGGAUGAGCAACAUGAGGACCAGCAAGAACGUGAUGCCGAAGAUUCUGAAGAUGAUGAGGAUGAGGAAGAUGAUGGCGACGAAAGUGAAGGUGAAGAAGAAGAUAUGAGUUCAGAUCAAGGUGAUGGUGUAGGCGGUAAAACAAAAAAAAAAGGUAAGAAGAGAAAAAGUAAAAAAAAAGACGUAUCACAAUUACCAAAAGAAGCACAAGUAACACAAGAUAGUGUAGGGCAACCUCAACAUAUUCAGAGUGAUCCGGCAGUAACAGAGAGCGAUCAAAAACAUAGUUCUCAAGAACAACAUGUAGAAAACGCAAGUGGAGUUGAUUCAUCACCACAGAGGACAGAAGGAGUCAACAAAGAAGGUGAAAAUUUGCCAUCUGCUGAUGUUUUACAAGUAAAAGAAUUAACACCAGGACAACCACAAUCGGAAGCAUUAUCACAGGAAACCAAAAUUAUAGAAGGGGGAAUUGCAGGGGGAAGUACAAGAAAUGAUUCUAUAAAAAAACAAACAGAUCAAAGUGAUUUAAAUACUGUAAAAGAAGUAGAUAAGGUACAAACAAGUGAACAAGAAAAAAAAACACCCAUAAUACAAGAGAUUGCUGUUCCUGAAGAUAGCUAUGAUGAGGGCGAUGAAGAUGUGGAAGAAGAAGAAGAACAUGAAGUAGAUGAAGAAGAAGAAGAUGAGGAUGACGAAGAACAAAUAAAUGAAGAAGAGGAAUUAGAUGGUGAAUUAGAUUAUGAUGAAAUAGAAGAAGGUGAAGGUGAAGUGGAUGAAGUUGAAGAUGAUGAAGAUGAUAGUGGAGGUGAAGAGGAAAAUAUUUUUAGUGAUGAAAGAGAAACAAGAGAUAGCCAAAUGGAAAAUGGAGAUUCACUGAAAGAUGAGAAACAACCAACAGGAGAUAUCUUAUCUGAGGAAGAAAUUUCAGAGUCUGCAAUUGAGAAACAAAGAAAACAAGAAGAGUCAAGAAGAACAGAAGAAGGUCAGUCACACGAAAAUUCUGAACAACAAAAACAAAAGGAAAUUAAGCCUCCAUCAAAUGAUAGUAGUGCUCAUAAAUCAUUAAUUAAAGACUUUAAAGAUGAUAGUAAGGUUAAAAAAGAAGCAGAAACUAAAGUAAAAAAUAUGAUAAAUUUAAUUGGUGAUAGUGGAGUUGCUGAUACAUUGAAAGAUUUGGCCAAAGAUAUGGCUCAAAUUUUUCUUAAUCUUUAA